AUGCGAGUGAGUCUCAUUAUAGUUGUGUCAGCAUGGUACUCCAUCUUACGGAGUGCGGGUGCUCGCGAUGACUGCAAGUACUCUGUCGUCCCUAAGAAGUGUUGGCCCCCUGAGGACGAUGUGGACGAGUGCGCACUGAAUCCUCGCAUUUGCGGGGACGAGCACGCCAUCUGCACGAACAGACGCAGAGGUUAUCUUUGUGAGUGUCCGGAAGGUUUCCUCCCGUCACCUAGUAUAAAUUGGAGAGUCGACGUUACCGUCUGCAAAGAAUUGGACAAGGUCAUACCUGGAAGAGAAAAGGAUAAGAAGCAGCGAGUUGAUAAAGUGCUUGCCAUGGUCAGGAACAUAACAACUGAGGAGAGACUACCGCUGAAGACGGUCUCUUUGCUGCUGGACAUGUUGGGAGACGACGAUAAGCAGCGCCCAGUGAAGCAUCGCGACGACGUCCUCCGGUCCAGGAAGAAGCUGGUGGCCAAGCUGGUGGAGCGCACCUCCACCCAAGACUCCAUGAACUUCACCACCAACAGCACCGAGGGCGAGAUUCUGAGUAUUGGACCAAACACCUCCUUAUCCGGAUUUCCCCGGCUUAGGAUUCCCUCUGGUAGGGUGUUCCUGGACAUUGAUCUUCUGGGGAUCGCUAAAAAAAACAAUGGCUCAGCAUCUGUCAUUCUUGUUGCGUACCGUGACAUGGAGGACAUUCUCGAGGCUUCCUUGUUCCACUCAAAGAGGAACACCACGAAGGAGAUCAUAUCAAGAGUGGUGUCAGCUACAAUAGAGGACGUCGAGGAUGCAAACCUUACCGAUUUAAUCAAAUUCACUCUCUUGCACAACUAUCCGCAGAAAUACAAGGGCGUUCUCUCGUGUGUGUACUGGAACGGCUACGGUUGGGAGGCGAACGGCUGCCGUGUCAGCCGCACCAACGCCACGCACACGGUCUGUGCCUGUGAGCAUCUUUCCACAUUCUCCCUCAUCUCGGAAAGAUAUGGAAAGAGUUUUUUUGCGAUGGUCUUGGACACCGCGGCCCUGGUGAGUGGACCAGUGCUGCUGUUGCUGACCGUCCUGACGUUGGCCCUCUACAGAAAUAACCGACAGGUGACGACCGUACCACGCUUCCACGUCGCCGCCUGUCUGCUGGUGGCAAACCCCAUCUACCUGACAACCCAAAAUAUAUACCUCUCCGACAAGCUGUGCAUUGUUCUUCCGGGGGUCUCCACCUACUUCUACCUGUGCUGUUUCAUGUGGACGACCAUCGAGGCCUUCCUGCUCCUCAGCUCGACCAAGAAGCAUCGAGUCGCCACAGCAAACGUGGAGGACCUGCCCACCUGGAGCAGAAUGUAUUGCCUUGCCUAUGGGAUGCCCCUUUUGAUCACGGCUGUGUCUGCCGGGACAAUGUCCGGUUUAUAUGGAGGGCCACAGUGCUGGUUGAGCAGUGAAGAUGGUUUCAACUGGGUUUUCCUUGGCCCCACCUUUCUUGUCCUAGUUGCGAAUAGUGUACUCUACGGCAGAAUCUUCAUCAUCCUCCUCCCGACUUUAAAACACACAGACUUCAUAAGGACACCAACAAGUGAAAGGACACCAACACGCAGAAGGCGCAACGCCAUUGAGUAA